CUCCACCGGCAGUUCGCAUCCGACUACCGUGCGUUGUGUGUCUCAACGUUCGAUCGUCUGUCUUUUUGGUAAACGUUUGACACUUUACGCGAGUGUGUAUCUUCGAAAGUAACGUUAAUGUAAAGAGGAUCGCAAGCUGUAUCGUCGUUUUCGUAGAAAUCAGGUUUAAAGAUAACAGGCUGGUUUCCAAGUCGACGGAAGCUCGCGUACGACUCUGUAUGUGAUAUUGCGCGGUUACUGAGGGUGCAAUAGGCCACGUUACUGUGUUGUUAUCUACGGAGUGCAUACAUAGACGAAACGUGUUUUGCUCGUUCUAAGAGGUAUUUGGGACAGUGUGUCAAGGCCAGGGAUUCUUUGGAGUAACGUCGCAGCUAGGAUCUCUAGUUUUAUCACGUUUCACACGAUGUAACGGAACGAGGCUGGCCAGGCCAAGGUGGAAGGUCAGCGUAUAUGCAUCUCGUACGCGCUUCGAUCGUAUCGAUAGUAGCCGUUCGAUCGAUGCCCCCUCGCGAUCGUUCUGCGUCUUCGUCUAUGGAUUUCCUGCUGCGCCGGGAUCUAGAUCAUGAUGUCAAGGUCAAGGGAAUCCGACCAAUGGUUCGCGUGUACGUCGGCCAGAAACUGCUAAGCGUUUGGAUUCGAUGCGGAAAGAUCCGCAAGAAUUAUCGUUUUCCGGUGUUUAAAUCAGAAGCGAACGAGACAGUUUUAUUAGACAUUUCUCGCCGAUGAAUGCGAGACAGUUGCGUCUCUCGAUUACAUAGAUAAGAAACGAGAGGUCGGAUAAAAACCUUUUGGCUCAGUCAGUGUUUUUUUCCUGUACGCGUCAGCCUCCGAUCUUGCGGUUCGACGCAGAUAGUGACGUUGUUUUAUCUGAACCAAGGAGACGAGCCCGGGCGAUCGAGCGCGCGAGCGAGAUUAACCGGCGACCUGGCUAAUUUUAAUUCGCGCAACAAACAAGCUGCGAAAGUUGUCUCGCGAUAACGAACAGACACGGUCGGUCUUACGUUGAGUACCGACUCUCCUUGCUGAUUGCGCGCUCUCCGGUCUCCAAUAUGGCCAAUGAAGAUGAGUCCAGUCGUCCCUUCCUUUCGGUGUGAAUAACGUUACGACGUGCGACGAAUGAUUAUACAGUUGCAACAGUAACUGAUUGAACGGUAUUGAAAUUGAUAAAGAGUGUGCGAUACCGUCGCAAAAAAACGGAUAAUCGAUAUACUGUAUUUCGCGUUACGAGCAGCGAUGAUCUAUCAAGCAGAAAUUUUCGUUAGAAAGGUACGGAGGGACGUUCGUACUGUUUCGCGAAACGAUUUUGACGUAGUGUACAUCGAAGGAAAUUAAUCGUCGCGCCGGUUAUUUGAACAGUGAUAACGAUGUGGCGGGAACAGGAACAAGUAUACAUGCAACCUCAGCACCUGCAACAGCAAACCCUUCAUCCGGGUAUGAUUGCUACGGUUGAAAGGGCGCAUCACCAUCAUCAUCAUCAUCGAUCCACCAGCAUGGAUUUGCCGAUUCCAAGCAAUCCACGUGCGUCGCGGAACAUGGCAGAGAAGCAACGCCGCGAUAAUCUCAACACGAACAUCUCGGCGAUGGCUGCACUUGUACCCAUCAUCGCCGAGAGUCCGAGGAAAAUGGACAAAAUAUCCAUCCUGAGGCUGGCUGCCGCUUUUCUCAGAGCUCAUUACACGCUCGGCCAUGGCACAGCUGACUUUCUACCUCGAGAACUCGCCGACCUGGACUUGGAACAAUAUAUCGUCGACAACUUGAUCGACAGCGGGGGCUUCUUCAUCGUCGUUACCACCGCCGGGAAAAUAGUCUACGUCAGCCGGCAAGUUCAAGAGCACCUUGGACAUACUCAAGCGGACUUGUUAGGCCAUGCUCUUGAAGCUUUCGUGCACCCCGAGGACAUCGACGAACUGACGAAGAAUUUGACACCAGACGAGAUGCAGAUGCAAGGAAUGGUAUCCUCGUCGUUACCGCAAAUCACCGACGGCACGCACGAUAAUUCAAAUUCGUCGGAAGAAUCUUCCGCGUCUCCAAGCAACGAGAGGAGGCCGUUCCGAGAGCAGAGGCGGAAUUUCGAGCUCCGAUUGCUGCACCGUACCGCUUCCAGACGCGAACACACCCAGUACGAAUGGUUCGAGAUCUCCGGGAUGCUCAGGCUCGCGGACGCGUGCAGAAAUUCCGAGCUGAACGCCAAUCGGGCGAAUCGUCGAGAUGUUGCUACUAUAACGGGCAACGACAUUGUCUUUGUGGGUGUAGCACGGUUACUGAUGAGAAGACCCAUUACCAAGAUAUCGAUCAUAGACGCCAACAAGGACGAGUAUAUCACACGACAUUUGGUGGAUGGCAGGAUAAUCUACUGCGACCACAGGAUAUCGGUGGUAGCUGGUUACUUGUCAGAGGAGGUCUCUGGUAUAAGCGCAUUCCAUUUCAUGCACAAGAAGGAUCGUAUCUGGGCGAUGGCCGCGCUCCGUCAAAUGUACGACAACGCGGAAACUUGUGCCUCCUCUUGCUACAGGCUAACGUCCAAAACCGGGGAGUCGAUCUAUCUCCGCACCCACGGCUAUUUGGAAAUCGACAAGGAUUCGCAAAUUGCAGUAUCUCUCGUGUGCAUAAACACAUUAGUGUCGGAGGAAGAAGGUAUAAAAUUAAUGAAACAGAUGAAGAAGAGGUAUUCAGCUACCGUAUCCGAAACUUUGAAGGUGAUGAUUCAAAACGAAGAUGUAACGUCGCUCGAUUUGAAUGCGGAUUCGCCUCAGUCUAGUACGCAAAGUAGUGCGGAAGACACAUCGGAACUAGAAGAUGCCAUCACGUAUCUAGUCAGCGAUCUGUCAUCGCCUCUUCCAGAAGAUUGCAUGAAAGCGUCACCGGUACUGAACGAGCAGUACAUGAAAGCUGCUAUGAUCUCACAACACUUACCCCCGGCUGCUGCCCAGGCCAGGAAACUCGGUAUUCAAGAUAUCAAUCGUUAUUUGACGGCUCAGGGCAAAGGGGGACGAAAUCAAAAACAGUUGACAGAUGCGGACGACAGUACGAGUACGGAGAGACAGGAAAGUUCGAAGACCUCCGGGAAAAUAAAGUUACACGAAAUAUCGAAGAAGACGCAAAAUGUACUCGAGCAACAUAACGUACAAUGCGAACAGCAAGCUUCGCCUCAGCCUAAUUGUGUAAUUUCUGCGCACGAAGUAAUUGGAGAAUCGGGUAAAAAUAAUCCACGGAAUCCUGGAACGUCUCGUUACGAUGCGUCUCAGAGCAACCUGGCCAUGUUAAGCCCUACAGCGAAGAAACCCGUUGUAAACGACGUCAAUUCACCUGCAUUGUGCGAGAAAAGUCCGUACGAUGUUAAAGUCGAGCGUAAUAAUGUGGAUGUUUAUAAGCAACAGCAAGAACCUGUGAUUGAGUACCUUGAGAAGAACAUUACUUCAGAGACGGAGGGCCAACAGUACGCGUUAAAGAGGAUAUACAGUGAUGAAGAUAUUAGGACGAGUUGCAAUAAGAAAAGACACAGGAACGUAGUUUAUACUUCGGACUCCAGUGAGGAACAGCAGAACGCUUUGUACGUUGAAUGCAAGCCUUUCGUCGGCGAAAACCUUUCGGAACUCUCGGCGGACUUCAAUCAGUACAAUGCGAAUUCGCGAUCACUCAAGAUCGAAUCACCGAGUUCAACUCUGAAUGAGAUUAUCGACGAUUAUCAGCAGAUUGACUCCAGCAUACCGCUCAUACCAUCGAACUCGGAGGAUGACGAAUUUAUCGAUCUCCACGACUUGAAGGAAGAUACAUUGCUGAGUCCUUGCCUUGACACAAACCCAGAAUUAAUAAUGAAAAUAUUUGAUGACCUAAGGCAUGUAUCAAUUCUUGAAAAUACGUUUCACGAAACAAAAGUACAACUAGCAGACAGCAAUGCAAUCGAUAACGAAAUAAGAAGAAAGCAUCUUCAACUUAUGAAUAGUAUGGCGCUACAGGAGUCGCAGUUGAACAUUUUGGCACGGGACCUGAAAAAUCCAGCUUUGCAAUCGAGAAGAGGAAGCUUGACGCCGCUACAGGUGGAGCAUAACAUGCAAAAACAAAUUCUUGAAACGCUGCAACAAGAUCAUGUAAAUAUACAGAGGAACAUAAAAUACAACAUCGGUGUAUAAAACUUGACAGGAGAAGAAGAGGCAAAGUGAGACAUAAAAUAUUUCUGACGAGUUAUUUCUUUGAAAAAGGAAAAAUUCUACCGAGUAGUUGUUCCUGAAAAAAAAAAAAAACGUAUAUAAAUGUGCAUAUUAUUGUAUAUGAAAUAUUCCAGUGAAGUUUAUUGCAAUAUCAUUCCACCAUUGUUAUAAAAUAUACGAUUGAAGAAAGGCUAUUCGAUGGCGACAAUCUACAACAAUGAAACGAAGUCGAUUUAUAUCGUACUACGAUUUAACAAGGAAACAAUAAUUUGUGUUUAUUGUCAGACACGUCUAGUGAAAUUAUAACUCGGACAAAGAGAAUUUCGAUGUUUUAUCCUUGUCGAGCCACAACGAAACGACAUGAAGGAUGGUAAAAAUAUGCAAGAUAUUCAACAUGCUCGAUGUACGCUUCACGGACGUACCCACAAACUUUCUGAAAAAGCAGAAUUUUAUGUACGAACAAUUACCUUGUGCUCGAUGCAGGCACGAAUGAACGCGCAAGGAUAACUUCUGGUAAUUGAUUACGCAGAAUACAUAAGUGAAAAAAUUGUAUUGUAAAUGGCCGACACGUUUCACAGUUUCCGAAGGUCCAAUGUUGCACAGUCUUCAAAUUUUAUUAUAUCAAACUUAUAUGCGUAGCACGGGGGCGAAUAUUAAAUUGGUCCUGCUACUUGAUUUAGCUCUCAGGACCAAUUUGUGCUCGGUUAUUCGUCUUCGGUUAAGAGAACUGAAACUGUUUUCAUGUCGAGGUAAAUCACGAUAUUGUACGAUAUUUACGCAUAUAUCGGAUGGAUACGGUACCAGUUCUUUUUGAAACGCGGUCGGUGGCAAAUCAGUUCACAAGGAAAGACUAAUGCAAACGAUAUUGAGAAUUCGAUUGAACUCGUACUAAUGUAAAUGUAAGUUGGCAGUACAAAAUUUCUGUGUUUGAACAAAAAAUGAGAUACGCUUCUGAGAGAGCGCAUAUUAUAAAUACAUAAAAACAAAAUAAGGUAUUACAUACGUAACCGUACCGAAGUUUUUAAUAUUGUUACGCGAGGAUGACUAUAAGUAUGUCUCGAGCCUUAUCGACUUCUUUCUUUUCGUUUAUAAAACGUCUAGACUGCGGAUUAUUUCUGUGUGCAUAAAUAUGCACUGUUACGUAUUUUACGCAUCAAUUAGUUAUUUUUACAAAUUUUUUACUUGAUGGAUUUAAACGUAAAAUGACGAUUGGGUUUCUACGAUGGAAUUCUGAGGAUUGUUCCAUUGUGUAGAUAAAAAUUAACGUAACAUUUCGUACUUUUUUUCAAUUAUUUUGUUAUGGCUGGCUUACAGAUUUUACUGGCCUCGUUAUCCACCCAAUAUUAUGUUUCUUUAUAUUACUUUAUCUAUUAUAUAUAUUUAAGCUUUAGUACGUAUUCACGAGUAACGCAAACGUUUCAUGAUUGAUUAAUACUGUUGCAUUAAUAGAUCAUAAAGCCUUCGCGUUUCUCGUGACUCGGUCAGGAACGUUUACGGCGGCACGUGAGAAAGUCACGAAUAAGCAUAAUCAAGCAAACGAAAUUUGCUACUGAAUGUAAAUUAAAGAAAAAUAUGAAAAUAUACAGAAUGAAAAUAUGCGCAGGAAAGGAUUACAUAGGUGCACCCACGAAUAUAUUCUUCAUAACGAUUAAUAGAUAUAUAUAUAUCGUUUAGUUCCAUUUUCCUAUGUACAAAUAAGGCUGAUAAAUUGUAAAUAAGAAUUUCGAUCGUUUUUAGCGAUCGAUAUCACCGAUGAAGGAAAUCAUCGUUUUUCUUUUUUUCUUCUCUUUUCAUGUAUUCUUCAUCGUUCAUUUAUGUAUAUUGUACCUACGUAUGUACAUCGAUUUGUGCAACGCUGUUACCCCGAAAUAUACUAAAGAGUUUUUCAUGUUUCCGUUUCA